AUGCUUUCCAUCCGCCAGAAGUGCUCUGACCUGGCGGCCGGGCCGGUCAACGGCUCCUGCCUGCCGAUCGUCUCUUCCUACAACUCAUCGGCGGCGGCCGGCCGCUGCGCCGACGCCGCUGCGCUGGGUGUGGAUGGGCUCACCUGGGCGCCCGACUGGUGCCCCACCGACUAUGCCUGGCUGCCCAUCACUGGCAUGUUCUUCUACAUCACACUGUUCCCGCCUGGCCUGGGUGCCAUGCCAUGGACCAUCACCUCCGAGAUCUUCCCGCUGUGGGCCCGCAGCACCUGCAUCUCCAUAACCACAGCCGUGAACUGGUUCUUCAACUUGCUCGUGUCGCUGACGUUUUUGACGCUGACAUAUGCCAUCACGCGCCAGGGCACGUUCUAUCUCUUCUGCGGCUGCACAGUCACCGGCCUGGCCGUGUUCUUCAUGGUCGUGCCGGAGACGCGGGGGGUGCGGCUGGAGGAGAUGCCUGCGCUCUUCUCGCAGCCCUGGGGCCUCCACGCGCCGCGGCGUGCCCCGGCAGACCGGCCUAAACCGCAGCCAUAUGACAAUGAGGCGUACGACCCGUCUUGA